GCUUAGCUGAAAGCGUUGCAUCCUUUCAAACCCGAAGUGGGAGACUCCGAGUGGAAGUCUGUCAAAACUUUUCCCCACGGCAGACGUGGAGACAAAACUAAAAGCCAACUAUGUUGCUUUUUAAAGUAGUUCGGUGUCUCAUUGUGCGCUUUUGACGGCGUUUCCCGACUUUUAGCACUCCGUUUCGGGCUUAGAACGAGCUUUUCGGCGUUUCUCUUCCCUCUGGUUUAUCGAUUACAGACACGCUCCACGUCGGAGUUAUGGUGUGCUUCCUGAACACAGAUCUGAAUGAGUUUUCUAUCAGCUCCAAAGCUUUGUAUAACUGAGUGACUACAGAUGGACUAAAGACCUCAGGCAAUGUAAUAGCUUGCAAGCUAAAUAUACAUUACACAACUAACAGGACUUUACUGGAUGGAAUAAGCGUUCUGUCUCCUUGCCUGUGGGGAACAGAUAAGAGUUUACCAGUGAGACCACAGUAUGGUCAAUCAGUGCAACCCCUAUGGAAUUACAACGGUAUAAGUCCCAAUGACUUCAGGACCAUAAUCGAUCUCCUGCUUCGUGUUGGACGCCCUUCUUCUGUGAAAAUGGCCGACGUGGCCGGGCUUGUCUCUGAUGAGACAGCGAAAGGCCCAGCAGAGCUGGAUCCAUGUCUGUUGGAAAUCGACAGGAAGUAUGACAUUGUCCCUGCUGUUAUCUCCUCUACAUGCUGCCUCUUUGGAAUUAUCUACUGCUUUUUUGGUUACCGCUGCUUCAAAGCCAUCAUGUUCCUGUCUGGUCUGCUGUUUGGCUCAGUGAUUAUCUUCUUGCUGUGCUAUAAGGAGCGUGUGUUAGAUACACAGCUGAGCAUAGAGGCAAGCGCUGGCAUUGGCCUGGGCAUCGGACUUCUUUGUGGCCUCGUCACUAUGUUAGUGCGUAGCGUUGGCCUCUUUAUGACCGGCAUCCUGCUCGGCCUGCUCCUUGCCAUUGCUGGCCUUUUGCUCACACACCAGCUGUACACACCCAGCACCCUGUGGAUGCCCGUAGGUGUCCUCCUUGGCACCGGCAUGCUGUGUGCCGUUUUAACUCUCCAGUGGCAGAAGUUUUUCACCAUCAUCUCCACAUCUGUGUUUGGUGCUGCCAUCAUGACAGUAUGUGCUGAUUACUUUGUGGAGCUGCUGAUGCUGGUUACACACAUUUAUGACUGUUUGCGCCUUGUCCCUGCUCCCGGACCGCUCUGCUGGUACAGCUGGGUCAUUCUGGGCAUCUGGCCUAUGCUCAGCAUUAUGGGCGCAUUAGUGCAGUGGAAGCUCACAGCCGAAGGUUUUUCACACGCUGAAGUGAUCAUCAGCAGAAGGCAGAAGCGAUUGCAGCUGAUGAGAAUAAGACAGAAAGAUGUGAAAAAGCUGCAACUGUCUGCAGGUCAGGAGGGGACGUAUCGCCGUAAACCCACUCCUGUAAAACGCUACGCUGGAGAUCUUCUAGCUCCAAGUUAUCUGCAGAGUCUCCGGGAGCGUCAGAUGGGCACAGGAACAUCCCUGAGCAGCCUGAGUACCGCCAACCAUACCAUGGUGGAUAUGGAUUAUGAUACUGGAUCAACAGUUCCACUCACACACACCACAACAGCAGCACGCACCUGAAUAUGUACUGCAUUCAUCAGUGGUCAAAAAAACUGUCCAGAUAAGGCGAAAGCAGGAUUGCGUGGUACUUCAUAGUAAAGUCAGACAAUACGACUGAGAUUUUGGUCGGGUCCAAAAGUCCACUGCCAAGAACUGUUAUUAUUUAGUCACUUUUUGAAAACUUUAAUACAACUAUCUCCAGUUCAAAUUAAGACUCUUUCAUUCACUAAUAUUAGACAGUGAAAGUGUUAUUAAUUGAAAGCUUUAGGAGUGGUCAGUGUUUGAAGGAUAAAUUAUAUUUCAAUAUAAAUAGUGUGUGUGAACUUGACAUUUAUGUAUAUCUAAAUUUUUCUCAGAGGAUUUUUCCAAUGGCAACAGACCGGAUCUGUCCCUAGUUUUAAAAUCUGCAAUUUUACAUUAUAUAUUUAUAGAUCUAAAAACCCUUAAAAAAUUUCUGAAGAAAAAGAAAUAAAUAAACUGUGAUAUCCAGUCGCUGCCAUGCAAAAUUUAGGUGCAUGUAUACAUUUUUCCAGCCUGAAAAUUGCCCGUGCCUAAGCCAGAACAGAACCGCUAAGCUCCGCCCCCUUUUGGCAAGCAUGUGUUUCUGAAAUUUUAAUAGGGUGCUUGGAGUUAUAAGUUGCAGUUCACCUUACAGUCUACAGAGGGCUCUAAAACAUCAAAUUUCUGAAGUAUCUGUUCUAAAAUACCUAGAAUCCUCUGCGUAAAAUUGUGCAACAGUUUUCUAUAGCCUAUGACGGUUAAACAAAAAGGUUCUGGGUGGACUUGAACUCUGGACCUGGCUGUAUGGGGAGAUGAAUUGUCUAAUUUGAAUCAUUAGGACUUCAGCAGAUCACUGUAUAUGGGUUCAUAUGCCUUUAACAUUAGUUUGCUCUUCAUUUGCCAACUAAUAACCAGCAAUUUGAUUAAACAGUAUUUAUUUUUAUAAUCACCUGCUAUUACAUGCUGUUGUCUUCUUAGAUUUAGGAAAACUUUUCCUGUAUUUCCUCGACUAUAGGACGUUUUUUUUAUCCCCUUAGCAGAUGCUGUGAUUUCUACAGUAACGUGACAUAUUCUACAGAUAUUUGGCCAAAUUGUAGCCAAAUGAAAAACCACAAAACUUCAACUACAAAAAGUGUAAGUGGCUAAGAUCACUGGCCUUACUGUUGGAAAUCAUCUUUGUGUUUUUCAUCAUAAUAAAUCACAAAGUGAUGUCACAGUCAAUGAUUUCUAACAUGGUUUACUUCAGCCACUUGUAUGGAAACCAAAUAAAUAAAAAAAAUUAAGGUACAUCAGUGACAUUUAUACGACAAAGCAACUGUCAAUAAAGCAGCAAAAAAGUCAUUAAUGUAGCGAUGUGAACAUGGGAAAAGGCAGAGAGAAUAGACAUCUGGGAUAUCUCUCUCUCUUUCUCUCUCUCUCUCUCUCUCUCUCAUUCUUUCCCCUCAUGCCUGAAAGGUCUAUUUUAUUGGUAAUAAUUUUACUAUAUUCUUUUCUGAGUGAGUUUUUCUGUAGAGGCAUUUGAGUGAAUGGUGUUUAUAGCUCUGCUUCAAAAUCAAUCAGAGCAUCGUGAAAUGGCUCAAGCAUUUUGUGUCUGCAUUUUAAUUUUUUUUUUUUUUUUAAUUAUGACUUGUACAAUAGUGUAUAAUUGAUUUACUUGUGUCUGUAGUGUUUAUCAGAUGCAUGUUUAUAGUUUUCCACAACAGUGGUUCUGUGAACACGCUGACGGUUAUUCUUCCAGUGCAUUUUUAUAUGAAGAGGAAUGCCUGGACAUGAGUGCAAGAGAAAUGUGGAAUCUGAAGUACGAUUGCUGUUAUUACUUGCUAGAAUUUUGCCAUACUAAUUUCUGAUAUGCCUUGUUUGCUAUAGGAUUUCCGCAGCUUGUCUGAUUCCUGUCACUGUUUAGAAUGUAAUCAGCCUUUAGAGACCGUUAGUGGGAGGUGUGAGUUUCUGCACUUAAACUUGUGUUAAUCGGUGCCUUUAGGUCAGAUGAAACUAAAUGACCAGUCUGUGUGCUUUCUGCUUUUUUGUUCUGGUUUUCUUGUGUUCAAGAUGCUUUGUGACAUCUCUCGAAAGAUGCAGUUUGAUGAUGUCACUCCAGGUAUGUCUCUUGUAGCUGGGACCUGUCCAGUAUCCCUGAACAUGCCAUUUUAAACCAUUAAAAAUCAUCUGUGCAAAAUUUAUCGAUUGUUUACUACACUGACAAAACAACUAAAAAAAACACUAGAGACAUCUUUUAGACAUACAUCUUGGUUUAGUCACAGGUAGACACUAGAGUUAAAUUCAUUAUCUCUGUCUUGAUUUCUGUUGUGAUUUCUGUCAUGUAUUAUUUAAUUUGUUCACCACGAACAUUAUCUAAGUUGGCUUGCUGGAUUUACAUGUAAAUUCAUGUGAAUCAGUCAUUUAUAAAAAAAAAAGUUAACCUUUAAAAAGUGAGCUUUUUUUGAAUGCAAUAAAUAUUUUCUGAUUAUUUUGAAAUGUAUUUUCUUAUUCUCAACCCUUUAUUCUGAUCAAAUUGUAGAAAUUGAGACUAGAAACCUACUAAAACUUGGAGAGUAUUUGGACACUUUGGAGACAGAUAUCGGCUCAUCGUUUAGAUACAAAUGAAAUGUAAAAAGGAAGAUCUCCCUACCAGCCAGACUCCAGGUUUGGAGGUCUUAUGGUUUGAGGAUUUCAGACCUUCUCAUGUAAGUGAAAUAACCUCAGACAUACAACAGUCACAUGUUAUCAGCCAUUUCUUAUUGCCCAUUUAAACUCACUACUUCUUGGGAUAAAUAAUUUAUUUAGAUUACCAAAUGCUCGGGAUACAUAUUGAAUUGGAUAGAGGAGAAUCAAAUUAAAUCGACUAAUAUGUGCUCCUAUGUUUAAUAUUUAUUAGUAAUAUAAUUCUGAUCUCAAAUCAAACUGGAAACAAUUCAUUACAAGCCAAAAGUACAACAUGAUUCCAUACAAUACAAAUGUUCUAGAAGAAAGCAUGCAUUUUCCAUCUAUAAAUUUGAUCAGUGUAUAGGAACCUCUGAGAAACAUGGUCUGAAAAUGAUGUAUUACAGGACAGAAUUCAAUUUCUAAAUAACCAAAAGACCAAAAAAAAAAAAAAAAAAAAAGAAGUAGCUUCAUGGACAAUGAAAAGAAGAAAAUGUCCCACCACCAAUUUUCUGUCACUCAUAUUGUGCACAUAUCUGCAGAUUUGUCACAUUCAAGAAUGUGUACAUUUGUCUAGGAAAUUAGAGGUCUAAUUCAUAUAGACUUGGUAAGAAUAAAAGCAGAAACAAAUAAUAAUAAUUAAAAA